UAGGGCGAGGGCUUAGAGUAAGCCAAAAUGAAGGUGUUUGUCCUAACUGUUCUGCUGAUCAGCAUCUGCUGCUUAGAAGGGGCUUUAGUGAAGCGAGAAGCCGAAGAAGAACCAACUCCGGCUGAAGUUCCACCCCAGCUCACCGCUCAGUUUACCGAGUUUAUCCAAAGGCUGAAACAACAGGGUCAAGAAUUUACUUCUUUGAUCAAGAACAAAUUUGGGCAGGAACAGAUGGAAGAAAUGAAGAAACAGGCAAACACAUUUUUACAGCAGAUGCAAAGCAGAAUCACACCGCUAACUGAGCAAAUGACACAGAACAUGGCCCGAUUGUUCAGCAUCUUCACGGAACCGAAGCAACCUGCCCAAGAGGGAGUGUGAAGCUGGCCCUAUCAAAACAGAGUUCUCCAUUCCCUUCCGCUACGGGUGAAUACUUAGAGAAAUCCUGGCACCUUUUCCUGAACUAAAGUUGUUGAGAUCCUAAGACCAGUCACAAUAAAGAUAAA